UUCUUCAGUGCAGCACAGAGAACAGUCAGGAGCGGUGAGUUGAGAGAGAGAGAGAGUCAUAGAGAGAAACUCCCCCUUUUCUUUCAAAGUCAAGACUUCAGCCACUUGCAUCAUUUGCAUACCUGCGAAACCUUCUUAAACCAGCACAAGGGGAGAGGCUGUGCUUCUGACAUUUAGGAAGUCUACCUGUGAGAGCUGCUCUGCUGCUUUGCCUUCAGCUGUAAGCCAGUGAGUGGAGCAUGUUUCUGGAUGCAGUGAAGCCGCGAAGACCGUGAAGUGGAGAUAAACUGGGGACGUUUUCUUUCUAGUCACUGCCAUCACUGACAAAUUUUGUUUUAAUUUGUUUUUGCUGCCUGACUGUGUGCCAAUAAAGGAAGGGGGGGUGGAAGGGUAGUUGUUCCUCAGCACUGAGGGAACUGCAAACUUAACACUUCUUCUCAAGCAAGCUUAGCCACUGAAAGGUCUGAAGGCUCCUGUUCCUUUGAAAUCGGUUGGCAUGGACCGCCAUCUGCCUACCUGGCUCUUGGUGCUCUCCCUGUGGUAUGGCAAUGCCAGUGCCCAUCAGCAGAAUGCCCCCCGGGUUUAUCUGAGCUUUAAAGAAUUGCAACAUUCAAAUACAGCGCGACACUACACUCUCCUGCAGAACACCACCAAUUACCGCAUUCUGUUGAUGGACGAAGAUCAUGACCGAAUGUAUGUAGGCACCAAGGACUAUAUUGUCUCGCUGGACCUGCACAACAUCAACCGGGAGCCUUUAUUAAUACACUGGUCUGUAAGUCAGCAGAGACGAGACGAGUGUGUUCUCUCUGGUAAAGAUCAGAACGGCGAGUGUGCGAACUUCAUCUGCCUGAUUGAGCCUUGGAACCGAACUCACCUGUACGUCUGUGGGAGUGGAGCCUAUCAUCCUAUCUGCACGUAUGUGAACAGAGGCCGCAAGGCAGAGGUUUCCCUGCAGUAUCCACUGUUCACUGGACAGCAGGAUUACAUCUUCCAUUUGGAACCAGGAAAAGUCGAAUCAGGCAAGGGCAAGUGUUCCUAUGACCCCAAGCUUGACAGUGUGUCAUCAUUAAUUAACGGUGAGCUCUAUGCAGGCGUCUACAUUGACUUCAUGGGUACAGACGCCGCCAUCUUUCGCACCAUGGGCAAGCAGACAGCCAUGAGGACUGACCAGUACAAUUCCCGCUGGCUGAAUGACCCAGUGUUUGUCCACGCUCAGUUAAUCCCAGAUAGCGGUGAACGUAACGAUGAUAAGCUUUACUUCUUUUUCCGGGAGAAAUCAAGUGAGACCGGAAGUUCAGCCAUUCACUCGAGGAUAGGACGGAUCUGUCUGAAUGAUGAUGGUGGCCACUGUUGCCUCGUCAAUAAAUGGAGCACUUUCCUGAAAGCUCGCCUCAUCUGCUCAGUGCCAGGUCCUGAUGGAAUUGAGACACACUUUGAUGAGCUCCAGGAUAUAUUUGUACAACAGACUCAGGAUGCCAAGAAUCCAAUUAUCUACGCAGUGUUCUCUGCCUCAGGGUCGGUCUUUAAAGGAUCUGCUGUGUGUGUCUAUUCAAUGACUGAUAUCCGCACCGUCUUUAAUGGGCCCUUCGCACACAAAGAGGGGCCUAAUUACCAGUGGAUGCCUUUCACAGGGAAGAUACCGUAUCCCAGGCCUGGCACUUGUCCCGGUGGUACGUUUACUCCUUCGAUGAAAUCCACAAAGGAUUACCCGGACGAAGUGAUCAACUUCAUGAGGAACCAUCCCAGCAUGUACAAUGCCAUCUACCCAGUGCACAAGCGCCCUCUGGUGGUCAGAACCAAUGUGGAUUAUGAAUUCACCACCAUCACAGUGGACCAGGUGGAUGCAGCAGAUGGACGGUAUGAAGUCCUAUUCCUCGGAACAGAUCGUGGAACAGUGCAGAAAGUGAUCGUGUUACCCAAAGAUGACAUGGAGACUGAGGAGCUCAUUCUCGAAGAAGUCGAAGUCUUCAAGAUGCCAACAGAAGUAAAGACGAUGAAGAUCUCGUCCAAAAGGCAACAGCUGUAUGUUGGUUCUACCUUGGGCAUUACACAAAUUGCUCUCCAUCGCUGUGAUGUUUAUGGAGAGGUCUGUGCUGAUUGCUGCCUUGCCAGAGAUCCAUACUGUGCUUGGGAUGGUAAAGCCUGCUCCAGAUAUUUAGCAUCAUCCAAAAGGCGAAGCCGAAGGCAAGAUGUACGGCACGGGAACCCAAUCAGGCAGUGCCGAGGUUACAAUUCCAACGCCAAUAGGAAAGCAGCAGAGACGGAGCAGUAUGGGGUAGAAGGCAGCAGCACAUUCCUCGAAUGCCAGCCCAAAUCUCCUCAGGCCAGCAUUAAGUGGGUGCUCCAGCGACAUGGCAGUGAGCGUAAGAAAGAGAUCAAAGUGGACGAGCGGAUCCUCAAGACAGAUCAAGGUCUUCUCCUGCGAUCCCUCCAGAUGACGGAUGCUGGGGUGUAUCAGUGCACCUCCACAGAGAAUAACUUCAAGCACGCGCUGGCCCGGGUGCACCUGAGGGUCCUAAACAACGAGACAGUGCACGUGGUGCUCUCGCAAGUUGUGCCCUCGCCAGGUGUGGCCAACCUGCAGGCAGGUAACCCAGGGACCCCUCGGACCCCGAAGCCAGAGUACAAGGACCUGCUGCAGUUGCUUAGCCAGCCGGAAAUGGGCCUCAUCAACCAGUACUGCGAGGAUUACUGGCAGCGACCAACCAACGUCCUAAAAGAGAACUUGAACAAACAGCUCAAAGCAAAACCCAUCAGAGAACAGAAAAAGCCACGAAACCGCAGAAAUCACCAUUCAGCCCCCCUCCAGCAGACAUGAAGCUCCGAGAUCAUAGAAUUUCUUUAAUAUAAAGUAUAACUUCCCUUACAACAGACAGUAUUUAUUGUAGGCUGUAUAUAGUAUGAUAAUUCAACUUCCUUGUACUUACAACAAAAGUCCCCAUGACAUUAUGUAUGAUACAUAGGUACUUAAGGGGGAACUGUAUUCCCCUGAAUUGCUACAUAACCUUAAGGGUUGUAAAGGAUGACAGUUGUACACUUAGCACUGCAACUCUCAGUUAAUGUUUCUUCCUCUGCUUCAAGAUGGUGGUGACUGGGGAACAAUUAUUUUGGAGAUAACAGUCCAUGCUCAAUUAAGUAAGGGGAUGGAGGAAGAGUUGUACUGAACUUGAAAUGUUAACUCUGUUUCUCGCUCCACAGAUACUGCCCGACCUGCUGAGUUUUUCCAGCAUUCUCUGUGUUUGUUUAAGUAAUAGGAUGGACCCAGUGACAGAGGACGUACAAAAUAUAAGCAUAAUAUCACAUUUUGGGCAUCUUGCCCUUCUCUAAUAUGAGAUCCAGGGUAUUCUUCCCCCUAACCUGGGGCAUCCUUCAAAAUUCUCUCUUUGUAAGAGUGUCAACAAAAUAAUCUACUAUCAUUAAGAAAAAGAACUGAAUUUAUUCAGACCACGUACUGCCCCUGGAUCCCGAACGUGGGCCUUUCAGACAGACCAGUUAAGCCAGGUCCCAAUCGUUAUACCAGCCUUUGAUUAAUGCUCAGAUCGUAAGAACUCCAGGCCUCCCCAGUUGCAACCGUUCCCAACCAAUCCCCACUACCACCGCCAUUGCUCCCUUAUCCAUUCUUAACAUCACUGCCUUAUUUGGGAAAGGCGGAGAACUCCACCCUUAUGGUUGGAGAUGACACAAUUGUUCCCAAGGACUUUGCAGCUCACUGCAGCACCCUCAUCGAAGUUACAACAGGAGUCCAUCAGAACACCAGGGGCCCUUUUGUAUGAAGCUGAGCCUGCUGUCUCCGUGACAACAUAACGUUUCGUUCAAGUGGCUGACUGAAUGGGACAUGAGGUGCCACAGAGACCUCCCACAAGAAGACAAAGCCGUUCAGUUGAAAAAUGUUUGCUCCUUACUGCCUCUUGCCAUGAAUAGAGAAUAGAGUUCACGUUAGAUCGCUUCAAAUAGAGUGUGAAUGCCCUCCAUUGCACUCUUGCCUCAAUUGCUGAACUGUACUGUCCUCUGAUCCUCUUCCUAACUGUAUCUUCUAGCUGACAAAAUCCUUCACAAAUUAUGGAAUGCAAUACAGGUAUAAAAUGAUCAUGGAAUACAAACUUCUAACCAAGAGCAUAGGAGAUACCUGAGAGACAACACCAGCAAGUGUACAGGCUUUAUAGUGUUAAGCAUUACACCUCAAUUCAGAUGAAUAGGGAUCUCCUUUAAAAAUUACUCAGUCUCUUCUGUAGAAUUUUUUUUUAAAACUUGCAUUGUAUUUUAUAUUAGAAUGCAUUAAUAGUUAAUGUGGUCUACCCCUCAGACUGCUUUUUUGUUUUUUUUUUAUUUUUAUCCUUAUAAAUUAAAUAGCUUUGGAAGAAAAGGUUGUAUAAUUUGUUAAAGUCGUGUUUUUUAAUAAAAAAAACUUUUUGUUGUUGUUGCUGUUACUUUUAUUAAAAGAAUAUUGAAAAAAAAAUCUAAAUUGUGUGCUGGAAAAUGCGCAAAAACAAUUCCUUCCGAUAGGGCGUUCUACAGUAAUGGUAUAUAAUAUAUUCUGUGAUGUCACUUAACUUGGCUUCUCAUGUUUGUUUUUUUUAAAGGAAGCAAGUUUAUUUUUAAUAACUUUAUUAAACUUGGCUCAAAUGUCAGUGAACAUAUAUUCUGUUAUAUGUAAAUAAUUGUAAAUCUAAAUAAGAAAAGUUCUUGCGUGUACUUGUCAUUUAUGUUCUGUGCAGCUGACACAACACAAUGCAGUUACUGGAGUGAAAGAACACAGAGAUCCUGUGGAUGAAAUCAAACCAAAUAAACACUGGCUCAUCUCUUUAAUGUA